AUGGGUUCUCCUGGCAUCAAAGGAUCCGUCGGCUCGAAUGGGAACAAAGGCCAUAGGGGAUUAAGAGGCAUGAAUGGGCCAAAAGGGGAAUGCGUCACUCAACCGAACAUUACCGUUUAUCCACUUUCCCAGGCAGUCUUCCUCAACGAGAAAGUGAUAUUGUACUGCUGGGUUGAAGGUCGGACGCAAUUGAAGAUAACGUGGCAGAAGCUUGGUGGUUCUUUGCCUAAUGGUGUUCAAACAGACAAACACAUGCUUUUAAUAAAAAAUGUACAAAAGUCACAUGUUGGGGAUUACAUGUGUACAGCUCUCUCUGGAGUUCUUAAAGCAAUCAGCAGUUUGGAAAUAAAAGGUAGAAUCUUAAAUUUUUGUUAGCUCUCCAGAUCAACUUUCAGUUAUUUGAAAACUGACGAAGCAUUGUCCAAAGCCUGAAGAAAUAUCCAUAUUCCCUUCAAUCAAAGCCUUGAAUUAAAUUCGUUCAGCUAUGUCAAGCUUUCUUUGGAUAAGAAUUUCUAGAAAUGACCAGCUUGUAUCUGAAACAUUCGUCAAGCCUAUCUUUAGUAUGACAAUUAGAUAUCUUUUUUUCCUUUAUAACCACCCAAAUUUACCAAAAGGCCGCCAAAAAAGUCUCUUAAUCAAAGUGAAUGACCAUUAAACUAACUUUUUAAGGAAUUCAUGAGUGAUAAGGCUAAUGAAUUGUCCUUUUUUUUGUGUGUUUUUUAAAGCUUUUUUUCUGAUCUUCCACAAUGGCUCGCCUUAAUGGUCAGAUGCUCCUUCGCACCUUUCUUUCAGGCAUAUUCAUAAAUUAUAAGCUAUAUCAAGCUUUUUUUGGAUAAGAAUUUCUGGAAAUCAUUACCUCGUAUCUAAAACAUUCGUCAAGCCUAAUUUUUAUAUGACAAUCAGAUAUGUUUUCCUCUAGAACCACCUAAAUUUACCAAAAGGCCGCCAAAGCUGGUUAUUCGCAAUCGAGGAACAAAUGUAAGCUUGUGCUGCAAGGUCAGAGGAAACCCUCGUCCAAAAGUUGAAUGGUACCGGCCUGAUAACCCGUCUGUCAUGAUCCCGCACUCCCUGGAAUUUGGAUGCCUUCAAAUUAAUAUGGAUAGAGAGAGCGCUCAAGGAACGGACUACAUUUGUCGGGCUACAAACCGCUUUGGAAUGGUGCAAGGAAUGGCCUCAGUGGUCGCAAGAUCGUUUGGUAUUACUCUUUUAGUUUAAUUUUUAAUGGGAAGCGGAGAAUAAAACAGUCUGGCAUAAAUAUAUUCGAGAAAAAGGAAACAAAAAUGCUAGAUUUUUUAUUAGCGAGCAAGCAGAACUUCAACGCUUUCAUUAACUGUGAAAUCAAAAUCAUACCAUCGUUUCUCGUAAUUAAACCUAUGUCUAGGGAUUGGGAACGAAAUUUAUUAUAAUUGCAGGUCUGACUUUAUUUCUCUUUUAUGUUUAGUUGCGGGACAAUCCUACAUAAUUGGAAGCAAUGAAACUCACAUCGCAGCCCUAAACCAAUGGUUGCACUCUGUUGUAAAGAGUAGAACCUCUUCCUGGGCUUCGUGUUGGAUAGCGACAAAACAUGGUUGGAAGGGCUCUACAUUUCACAAUUUGUGUGACAACAAAGGGCCGACUUUGGUAAUUGUCCGUGUUGGAGAUUACAUCUUUGGUGGAUACGCUGGUGUAUCAUGGAGAAGACAUCGUAAGUAAAGGAUUUCGUGGUUUCUUUUAAGUUUCUUUUUUUCGUCAGUGAGUCAAACUAUUGAAAGUAAGAAUGUGAGUUUGAAGACCUAACGCAACAUAUACGGCAGCUGCUAAUGCAGGCUAAUGUAAGCCGCAAUCGCUCUUCUGAAAAUCAACCUACCCUGAGAUGUUUGCCGAAAGUUUUGCUCUAGUUCUACAAGACUUAAGGAAAAUUGCGGAUUAAAGACAAGAGGUUUUCAGAACUAUUUUCUCAAACAUUUUAUUGUUUGAUGUUUAGAUGGUGAUGCUUUACUUGCUUGUAAAACUUGCUCCUCAGGAUUGCCCGUAAGGGCAGGAGAGAAGCUAAUGAGUCAAAUAUCUUCAAUUUAAUGACUUUAAAAAGCUCACUUGAACGGAAAUGGCUAGGAUAAACGAAUUCUAAAGUGUAUUCGAGGUGUUCUUUUCAGAAGAGUCCUUGUUUGUUGAUUGGGUUGGGUGGAAAAUUUGGGGGAACUAGCAUUGGAUCGCCGCACACUUAGCCAAAAGCAUCAAGACUUCUCAAACUGUCUUUAACUGUUUUUUUGUUGAUGUCUCAGUUCUGUAAUAUACUUUUAAUUCCACUUAAAUCAAUUUCUUUCCUCUCCGUCUAACUAUGGUUGCCUGACUCGUAACUGUGAUAGAUCUCUUCGAGUUCUCAGUGACUCAUGCUACUGAAUUAUGAAUUUUUCUGUUACUUCCGAAUUCUGUCAACUCACUUUUGAACUCUGUCUCAGUUGCGCUGCUCAAUUCUGCCUACUAAGUAAGUUUUAGAGGACAUACUUAUAUAUUCACUACUGAUAAACAUGGCCGGGCAAGCCAGCUGAUUGACCAUGAGAGAUUAACCAUUUGUUAUUAGAGCACUAACCCACUUUGACAUGAAACACAAAUGAAAAACAGCGUGCUAAGAGUUUCUGAUUAACCAAAUCAACCUCUUACUACAUAAACCGUCACGGUAAUUUUCGAGUGGGUCCAAAUCAAGAUCAGCAGGCAAACUACUCUCGUACACUUAUGGGAGUCAAACAAGACAGGUAUAGUUCAGGAAACUCAUCGCGAUAGCUUAAUCUCAAAUAACUUCAGACUUCGAAUUCAAAUUUUAACCACAUGCUGAUUAUAAACGAAUGACUUAAUCAUUCUGAACUAAAUAAAUACUGCAGAACAUGAUGAUGUUUUGUUUCUGCUGUCAAAAAUAUCCUGGCCCCCAAUCCUUCUCUUUUUUAGAAGAUUGUGACGAUUAAUAACACAUUUCUAGCGCGCUGACAACACUGUAUGAAACGCACGACAAGACACAAAUUCGAAAUUUUAAGUGUUGGAUUUCAUCUGACGAAAUAGCGCUUUAUUAUUCGAUAUCUCUUUGGUUUCAUUUUUGUUUUUGGUUUUUUUUCAGCAUGCCCUGUUGGUUGAAAAUGCAUUUCUAUUGGUAUGUUCAAAUUACUAAAAUUGUUUUACAAUAACUUUUUAUUACUAUUUUGCUCAUCAGCUAAAAUAAAUUACUGUGGACGAGUGUACAGUCCAACCUCCUUCAUGUUUUCAUUGGUAAAUAAGCCUGGCUGGGGGCCGACGAAACUGCCUCAACUCGGAUAUGACAGUCCUAUUGGAUUUUCCAUGAUGUCUUGUCAUAAUGAUGGACCAAUAUUUGGUACAGGAAGCGAUCUUACAAUUUUAGACGACGCCCACAAGAGUAAAACAUCCUAUGCACACAUCGGAAUGUCCUACAGCGCACCUAAAGGUCAAAGUCCUGAUUCCGACUUCACUAACACAUUCAUGGCAGGAAGUGAAUAUUUCUCACCUGAUGAGGUUGAAGUCUUGUAUGAAAGAAUUGACUAAAGUAGGCGAAUCGAAGUAACGAUAACAUUUAAGUUUUCUAUGUUAUUUUUGAUCAAAAUGGUUAUUCUACCUCUAUCAUUAGCGAGAUGAGAAUCAUCAACGAAUGUUUAUGUAAUAGUACUGUCCUGUCCUAUAUCAUCCAAAUGUGAUCAUUUGUAUAAUUAGUAAAGAAUUAAUGAAACUCAAAAAGGCUUUCAGCGACACAAACUCGAGGCACAAUGCUGAUCAAUACAGUACCUCGAUCUCUUAAUUUUUUGUAUAAAAUUUUGAAAACAAGUUGUAAAUUCUGCGGUAAUUUGUAAAGCUUAUUUCGCACAAACUAAGUUUUCAAGUAUUUUAGUAUUACAAUUGUAACGCAGCAUGAGCGCAGCUAAGAGAAUGUCCCCUCCCCUUUCUCCGAUCCUUUGUAAGAUAAUAAGUGCAUAGAAUUUAUCCGGCAGAAUUCUUUUCCAGAGCUAGAUCUCUGCUCCAUUAGCCUGUUUGUCUCGGUGCAUGAAUUCCAGCCAGACGACACGCAUGGGAAGGCUAUAGUACAAUCUACUUCGCAUUUGGCGAGUGGAAAUUUGUAUCUGUGAUUCUCCCUUUCCCAUCCCCCUCCUUGUUACGCCCCUUUGGAACGAAAAUUAAAGUAUUUUUAAGUGAGCUUAAAGUAAUGAUAAAGAAAACAAAAUUCGAAUCGUAUGACUCCUUGAUUAUUUUGUAUCAAUUCUAAUAUUUCAUUUAGUAGACAAAUUUAGGAAUAUCUAAACGCAAGUGUGAGACACAAUAUGGGGGCAGUUAUCAUUUGGGAAUUGUUCCUGUUACUGCCCCCUUGUCACGAAAUUCUUUUUUUUCCGCUGAGUGUAUUUUUACUUUGUGUGACCACUAUAUAAAUGAAUAAAACCGUGGGAAAAAGGUUAAAGCCGGGAACAAAUGUCUUAUUGUAAGUCUCUUUGGGUAAUCGAGGCGAUUGCAAACUUUCUGCUUGAAAGUGUCACAUAAUCCGUUAAGUCUGGCAGAAAUUAUAGUUCGAGCGGGAAGGAAGGGGGAAGAAACAAAACGAAAGGCCCUCAUUUUACUAGCAAGAGAACAUAUUCUUAUUCCUGGCUCAUUCAUCAAAAUCCAAACAAAUACGAAUAUACAUCCAGUUCCUCCUCUCAAACCAAGUGACUGGAUCAUACAAGUUGAACCAAGAAGCCCACAAUAAAACAUGAACUACUCAUAAUCUCGAGAUCCGUAAACACAGCUCAUGAAUUUAAAUGAUUAAUGGCUCCUAAGCUUUCCUCUAUUAGACACUCUGGUAGGAAUGAAGUACUCCAUACUGAAAAGCCAAAGGGAACGAACAAGCAACGGACGUCUGAAUGUUUUUUGAAGGUCGAGUUGAUCACAUUUAAUCUGUCUGACUAAGAGAUUAUAAACUGUUCAUUUUAUUAUCUAGAAAGGACAAAUUUUUCUCUACAUCCUCUAAAACAUCAACAAGCCCGCUAUCUGACAUUGCCAGCGUACAGCUGUCGGACACAACAAACUACCGAACUUUGCUAUUACGAGGUGGAAAGAUCAACAGGAUGCACAGUUUGAGGUACACUGGCAAAAACGUUUCCCGAUUAAAGGAAAACGUGUCACUUCCCCCUAGGUGAUAAGGGAAAAAAAACAACCGGUCACCAGGCGCUUACUACCCGAACAUUUAAAGCGAGACAUAUUCACACUAUAAACUCAGUUGAUGAAACUAUAUUAUCUUGUUUCCCUCCACCCCCCUUCCCUCCCCACAGACACAGCGCAACAGUUUCUUAAACCUCCUUAUGCUAAGUACACGUUCGAGUUAUUUCAAACUCUAUUUUUGAUGCUCUUCAUCCGUCACAGUGUAACGUAUUCAGAUAUUCUUUAAGUUAGGAAUUAAGCGUAAUUAACUAUUCCCCCAAAGGAAAAACUCUAAAAAUACCGCACAAGUUAGGUCGAGUUUCCUUCUCCAAACUGAAAGAGCAAACAGCAUCAAAUUUUAGUUCACGCCGUCGUUUGAUUACUGCCAUUUCUUUUAGUUCAGUGCUAUGAUUUCUAUCGAAUUAUGGAUACCAUUUCAUAUAUCUGUCCUGGUUGUUCACUUUCUUUCGGGCAUCGUGAUUGGUUACUUAGGGGUUUUGACAGGUUUUAUUGAGAAUCACCGACUUGAUCACAAAAAGGAUGAUAAGUUUGUUGUCCAAUUCGCUAAACUCCGAGUACAGAUAGACAUUAAAGCAAUACAACUCAUUUCCCGGUUUUCAUAACUUGAUAAAGCCGCUUAGUAUGUUGAAAGAAUACUCUAAAAGCUUGUAAAUAACUCGCCCUACAGCUCGUGAUUUUCAAGCUGUAUACGUGUUCUCCCAGCAUGCCCCGUGGCUAUUGAUGACACUAUUUAACCCGGGAAAAUGAGUUGUAUUCCUUAAUCUGUGUUUUUUGACGACUGCGUCAGUGAUAUUCUGAACUAGAAGGGUACGCUGAACAGGUGCCGAAAGGGUAGUUUAACCUUAACUUGUACUACUGUGCCGGCUCAGUCCUCUCGAACGAAAUGGCUGCGAACAAAAACAACCACACGAAAUCUGGAGACAGGAUGAAUAGAAUGUCCCUGGCGAUCUCUAUGAUUUCGUUGGCCCUCGUUUCAUUGAUGUUUGUGAGAUUCGAAUUUGUAAACAAACAUUCGAAAGCACUUAAAAACCGUAUUCAGCGGAUUGACGUUAACCUUAAGGAAAAGGUAGAGAGAGUUGUAGAAAAAAAGUUACAGUUUUAUGAAACUGCACCGACAACGAGAAUUAAGGAGAGGCCUGAUGUUAACCUUGGUAAGUCAUUGUUUACACAUAGUAUUGUUAUGUAAGCUUUUAAUAACAAACAUUGCGUCAUCCGGGUACGAAGUGAUUUUUUCCAGUUUACGUCUCAAUCCUAUGAAGAGAACACUCGCUGCUUAGAUAUGAUUCUGUUGUAGAUGGCUUUGAAACAGAACAAAGCUUCAAUAUCACAAUGACUGUAUGUCAUUUACAAUAUUUGUACGUCAUAUACCCUGGACCAUAUCUACAACAUAUUUUUUUAAGAGGUCAAACUCAAAUAACAUUAAAAUAAUGAUUAUCUUCUUUAUAACAUGCCUUAUGAAACAAAAUACCCAUGGGAGAAUCAUCGGAUAAUUGUUUCAAAGUUAUAUUUAACUGUAUUUAUUACAAUUUUUUCCCCUGAGAAGUACCUUAGGGGUCAUUCAAAACACCUGCUUGCCAGUAACAGUAAUUUCAUAGUAUUGAUGUGCAGCGUCUUGUAUUCGUGCGACAGGAAACUCAGCGGAAAUCAGAUUGUAUCAAAUAGCCGAGUUUUGACCCCAGCCAUUGGAAUUUCCUGAGUGACGGUGGUCUUUCAUCUUUCACCUAUAAUCUGUUCCUUUACUCUAACUCGAUUUAAUUUGAUUUGAUUUUAACUUACCCCGAUCUACCGUGGCUCAGAUCCUCAGCUUAUUUUUCGAAGAGGUCAAACUUAAAUGACGUCGAAAUCUGAAUUACUUUUUGUUUAACGAGCUUAAUAGGACAAAGGAUUUCAAAAUCAAACGAAAUCAGACAAAAAAUAUUUUCAAGUCAUAAUUAUUUACUCAUUUAUUAAUAUUAAUAGUAUUAUCGUUAGUUUGUCUUGAUGAAAAAACUUUAGGAUUAUCUUAAACCUCUGUCUUCACCUUACAGUUAUUUUGCGAUAUUGACAUGUAUUCGUGUUCAGGCAAUCGAAGAAAGGUAUAAACUUUUUUUUUUCCAAGUCAACCAAAGUUAUGACUCCGAGCAUCGCGGUUUCUUCAAUCAAGGCGUUUAAAAUUCUUGAGGCUAAUGUAUUUGAUCCCCGACAAAUUCCGCCGCGAGAAUCCUCAGGUAACAAGAAUUAUCAAAUACCUCUGAACAUCUUGACUUUGCCAAAAGCAUUUUGAGAGAAAAGCUUAAUGAGCUUGCUAUCUGAAGUCUUAACUCAAAAGUUUCCUCUUCAUCGAGAAAAAAAGACCGUAUCAGAUUAGUUUCCAACUAUUUUCUUACAACAUUGAGAUAACUUCAUUUUUUUUUUUUUCAACCAAGUUUUUUUUUUUUUUUUUUUUUUUGCUUGUUGUUUUGUUCUCUCAUGGACGAUAAGACACCUCUCCCGCAUAGCUUUAUCAUGGCUAUCUUUCAUGGGAAUCAAACUUUACAGAAGUUAAAAUCCAAAAUAUUUUAUGCCUACGAACUUGAUGGGACAAAGGAAAUCAAAGACACCAAAGAGGAUAUGUUUUAAGAUCAUUUCUAUUAUCAUUUAUUCGUCGAUUUUUGUUUCAGUCAAAAAAAAAAACCUUCGGGAUAUAUUUAUAACUUCUGCUUUCACACGAUUAAGAUUAAUUACAGAUAUAUUUCUUGUCUAAUUCAAUAAAAGACAUGAUACCGAGCAUUUCCUGAAUCAAGGAGGUAUACAUUCUUCAUGACCAAUGCGUGUUAUUUCCGCCAAAAUCUGGCAGGAAAAUUCUCACGCAAUUGACAAUCAGUUCCGGACAUCUUAAAUUUGAAACGUUUCUCGUUUAAGACGAAAGGACACUUCAAACUAGCCUCCAACUAUUUUUCAACAAAUAAUUGAAAAUUAAUAAAUAUUCUUUCCUUUAAUUUAUUUAUUUUUGGUUUGUUUCUCGAUGUAAUGAUCUUAUAUGCCUUUUGCACCGUUGUCUUAAGCUUAUUGAAGUAAACAGUUUUGUCGGUAGGUCUCCAGGAUAGCUCUUGUGAUCGCGUUUCGUUCUGCACUUGUGAAAUAAUAAAAGCAUCUUUCUUCACGAUCAUUUUUUAAUCAGGUUUUGAAAGCAAAGAAGGAAGUAAGCUUUUAACAAAGCAUGAUCACCAAAGAGAGAGAAGGGCUUCUGCUGCAGGGGCAGUGACUUUGAAUCAAGUCCGCUCACUAAUCGACGAUAAUUUCAACAAGUCCUGCAUUGCCAACGGCAGAAUUUGCCAAGCAGGGACCCCGGGUCCUCCUGGAAAUACCGGCCCUCCAGGCCCAUCGGGUUCUAUCGGGCCUUCAGGAGCGAGUGGUGCGCGUGGACCUGUCGGACUUCAGGGAAUAAAAGGUGACAAAGGCGACACAGGGUCCCCAGGACAACCCGGAAUUAAAGGAGACGUCGGACCCACGGGCCCUCCUGGCGUCGCUGGACCCACUGGCCCAAAGGGAAGAAGUGGCCGAAGAGGAGGGCAAGGUAAGAGGGGACCUAAAGGAGAAUGCUACUCUUCACCGAAAAUUACCCCUCUCCACUGUCUCAGGCAGUCUCCGUCAAUUCCAGAGCAGUGUUUAACUGCGCGGUUCAAGGUCCAAUGCCUUCGAGGAUAAAAUGGCAAAAGCUUGGUGGGCCUCUGUCUAGCGCUCCCAUACACAACGGUAAGCUCAAAAUCAAGAAAGUGCAAGAGUCCCAUGCUGGGUUUUACAUGUGUACAGCUCGCUCAAAGCUUGGAGCAUUCAAAGUCAUGAGCAGAUUGGAGGUAAAAGGUAUGAUCUUCAACUUUUGUGCGACUGAAAACUAACGAAGUUAGCGUCCAUAUCUGCAAAUUGCCCAUACCCCUAAUCCAAGAAAACAUUAUCAAUGAAACCCAGAGAAAUGACUGUUCUGGAAAAAAAACAAAGAAAAUGUUCUAACCAGAGACUUUCGUAAAUUUUUCAAUCGUGCUCAUUUUAUUAUUUCCUGUGUGUAAAUAAACUCAUUUCAGAAAUAGAACAAUGCCGUUUUUGUCUUCUUGGCCAAAUCCACAGAUUCAGGAUGCAACACUAUUUAAGAGAGAGCGGGAGUUGAAGUCAGUUCGCAUUCUAAGUUCUUUAGCUGUGGUGAUAGCUUUUUACUGAAAAAGGUCUUACUGUCUUUCGCCUUUGAACUGAUGCUGAAACAAAAAAUAUAUAUAUAUAUAUCAGCUUGAGUGCUCUUUUAAAUUCUUUGCGGGGAAAGCGUAAUCACUUGAUUUCUCGUUUGCGAGACUGACACGUGAAAAUUUCUGGAUCUUGUCUCAAUUCAGCUUUUAAAAGCGCUUUAAUUUUCCCGAAAUCGCUUGUCUUUGAUUGCACACUUCUCAGUUGGUAAUUUUAUGAAGCGCCAUUUUAAGUUAGCUAAAAAAAAAAUAAUAAUGAUCCCACGGAUGUGACUUACAGCAUCUUGAAACGACUUCAGAAUUUUUUCCGACGUUCGAAAUUAGAUUAGUAAAUACAAAAUAGUCCAGAGUUAUUUCACGGAACUUUCUUUGAGAAAAGGUGAUGGAUUUGGCGUGACGUGUUUCCCUAGUCAAUCAGCGCCUUGAAAAUGAUAGGCUAUAUCACGAAUUCUUUGGAUCAGAAUUCUACACAGAUGAUUACCUUAUCUCUAAAACAGUCGUCAGGCCAGCUUUGAGUAUGAUUGUAACAUUUUGUUUUUCUUUCAGUGCGACCUGAAUUUAUCGAAAAGCCACCAGAGCUGAUCAUUCGUGACCGAGGAACCAACGUACGCCUUUGCUGCAAGGCCAGAGGGUACCCUCGUCCGGUAGUAGAAUGGAAACUGAAUGAUGACUUGUCUGCCAUGAUGCCGAAAUCUCAGGAAGAUGGAUGCCUUGAAGUUGAUAUGGAUAGAGAGAGCACUCAAGGAACGAAAUAUGUUUGUCUCGCUGAGAACAGCUUUGGAUCGGCGAACAUAUCAGCCUUGGUGUAUGCAAGAUCGUUUGGUAAUACUCUUUCAGUUUUACUUUUACUGUAGAGCGUAAACUGUAUGAGACAUGAGAGUUUUUAUCUACUGUUUUGAUAAAUUCAAUUGUUUAAAAAACUGGUCCAGCAUAAAAAAUAUUCAAAAAGAAAGUGAAGCUGGAUUUUGAGUGGCGUGCAAGCUACACAUAAAUAUUUCCAAUGACUCGGAAACCAACAUUGUAUUAGGUUCUACAACUCUUGCAUGCGCUAGCCUAGUUCUUAACAGUGGCGCCCAAUAUCAAGUUGACUUAACUGAGAUAUGUUGGUUUUUCUUUUUCAUUAUUGAUUAUUGCAUUAUUGUGGGCAUUCACCUUAAGCCUCUCUACAUGAAACAAAACCUCUUUCGAAAGCAAUUUCUAAAAGAGUAAACUCAUGAAAUCCUUACGCACAAUUAAGUUGGAACUCUAGCUAGUUAAUACAGGAAAAGCACGAUAUCACGCACUCACGCUGCAGUUUUAAUAGCCAACCACAAUACCCUGAAAUUGGACCAGUAGACCCCAAAUGCAUACUGGCUGAUAGACGUAUCCUUGCAGUAACAGUACUCAGGCUUUUAACCCUACUGUAUCUUCGAAAUUGAAUGCCAUUUUCCAAGUUUGACUUUCGAAGGUCAGUCAAAGCAAUUUUCAAGACUCCAAUUAAGUAAAUGGAUGAAUAAUCAAAUGAACUGUUAAAAAAAUGUUCUUUUUCUCAGAAGAUAAAACUACAUGUAAUUUCAGGGACUAGCACAAAAUUAUGUUGCUUAAUACAGGUCUUACUAUAUUUUUCUUCCAUGUUUAGUUGCUGGACAAUCAUACAUUAUUGGAAACAAUGAAUCGCACAUUGCAGCCCUAAACCAAUGGUUAUACCCUGUUGUAAAGAGUAGAAGCUCCUCCUGGUUUAUGUGCUGGAUAUUGACAGUAAAUGGUGGGAAUGCUUCUGCAUUCCACAAGCUGUGUGACAACAAAGGGCCGACUUUGGUUAUUGUCCGCGUUGGAAGUUACAUCUUUGGCGGAUACACCGGCGUAUCAUGGAGUAAUGAUCGUAAGUAACUGGUUACUCAAGCCGCCAUUCUGUCAUGAACGCGUAUUGAUCACAUCUGGAAUUAUACUUAGUUAAGAUGCACAUGAAAGCUAAAUUGUCUCGUAUUUAAACAAAAACAUAACACGAAAGAAAACUUUUUAAAGUCUUGCAAAAGCGUACAGUUAGAUAAUAAAUCAUAUACAUAAGGUAUCACUUAAAGAGCGCCUACGUUUCCAACAAAGUGUUUCAAAUAUUUCUACUCAUGUUAGUUUACUAGAAUAGUUUAAAACAAUUCUUUGCUGCUAUUCGUUGAAGGUUGUGGAUACAAGUACAGUCCUACUGCCUUUUUGUUUUCAUUGGUAAACAAGCCUGGCUGGGAACCAAUGAAGAUGCCUCAAAGAGGAGACGGUACCAGUCCUGUAGAGUCCAUCUACGCUUGUGAUCGAUAUGGACCCGUGUUUGGUAAAGGAUUCGAUCUUAAAAUUGGAGACGACGCCGAAUUCAAUAGAAAUUCUCUGGCAAAUAUCGGAUGGACUUUCAAACCACCUAUAGGCUCUAGCUAUUCAACCAGCUUCGCUAACACAUUCAUGGCUGGAGUAGAACGUUUCUCACCUGACGAGGUUGAAGUGUUGUAUGAACAAGUUGACUAAAGGAAAUGAAUUGAAGGAACAAUGAUAUUCAAAUACAAAUGUUAAAACAAACAACUAUGCUUCUGUUUUGAAAGUGUUAUUUGCCUUGAUGACAAGCCAAACCGAUUUUUUAGAGUUAUACCCUCGUGGCGCUUAAUUGAAUUAAAUAUAAGUAUGCAAAAUAAUUUGUAAAAUUAGAGGUUGUGUUGAUAGCUACAAUUUAUAAUGGUAAUGUUAAUUUUUUUAUAUAUAUUGUUAUUGAUACCGACUGUUUUCAUGAGCAGUUACUAAACAGUUCCAAUUGGGUAUUGUAAACACUGUUAGGCACAGCAAGUAAUAUCUUGUAAGUUUAUAUUUUGUUACACUGAAUUUUUUUCUCUGCUAGUUUGAUGAUCGUUUAGGUAUGUGAUCAUUGUAAACAAUACCAGAAAGUAUUGUUAUUAUUGAAUAUUUUAGUGUGUUGUUGGGUAAAAAAUAUACAUGUUCAAGAUUUCUAUGUUACCGAAGAUCAAGACAAAAUCAUUCAGCCUCCUGUAUCAGUGAAAUAAACGGAUUUUUACGCAAUAACACUAUCCUGCUCAAAUCAUCUGGAUAUUAUCAUAUGUAUAGUCAGUAAAGAGUUAACGAGAUUUAAAAAGGCUUUCAGCGAUACGAAUUCGAGGAAC